GCACUGUUUUUUUAUAUCGCACUGGUUCGGAUCAUCGGCUUCGCACAGUGCGAAGCGGCUUCGCGGAACAGGUGCAGCGCUGCACUCGACUCUUUUGGUGGCCCCUAUACUGCUUGAUGGUCGCUGCGAGAGAGGCACCAGCCAGAGGUCCUGGCCGGCUGCCCAGCAUCUACGCAAAUCUAUGCCAUGCUCUGUGGAAUUCGCCGCAGGCAUCUCAGCUGCGACUGCGUUGGAAUAUAGCAGAACCAACAUCCGCCUCCUUGGGCCAAAGUGGCUGCGCAGGGUGGCGCAGGAGGAGGAGGAGGAGCAGCAGCAGAAGGAAGAGCAGCAGAAGGACCGUGAGUGAGCCUGCCUCGAUGUCUGCUGAGGCUCUAGGCACGCGGUGACUACAAGCGUUGAUUGCAGCGUUGAUGCCUCGCAGGCGCUGAUCACAGCGCUGAAGCUGGUCACGCCUGGCUCCACCCUCAUUUCCCACACCGCGUGGAGCAAGGACAGCCCGUGCCAUUGGCCGCCUUUCACACGAGAGAACUGAUGACGUCUGCCUCCGUGCUGGAUUCCUGCCUGCCGCUGAGCAGCGGCAACGCUUGCUGCCACCGCCCGCUGUUCUUACACGCGCCGACGCCAGCAGUCAACCUGAGGAGGACGUCCCACUCCACGUCGGCCUCCACCAUCACGCUGGACAAGCGUGAUGCUUGCUGCUACUCGGGCCCUUUCUCGCACGCGCUGGCACCAGCGAUGCAGCUCACGACAGCAGGCUCCAAGUUCGCCUCCCACGUCUCGCGGAGCACCGGCAGGGCCUGCUCCUUCCUCGCAUUCGCCGUGGGCUCCACCUUCACCUUUGUCAUCUCGCUGCAGAGCCACAGCGCCUGCUGCCACUGCCUCCUCUUGGCGCACGCGCUGGUGCCAGCGCUGUAGCUAUGAUCUAGUCGGGUUCGGGCGUCGCCUCCGACCUCUCGCCCAGCAGCGGCCAAACCCGCUGCCAUUGCCCGCCGAUGUCGCACUCGCUGAUCCAAGCAUUAUAGCUGAGAGGCUUGCUUUGUGCGGCGCGCCUUGAGGACACACUGCAGCAUACGUUGCAUCAUCCCAUUGCGAGCAGGCCGCGCACCUCCCCGAAUAACGACAGCACCUGCUUCCAGUGCCCGCCCUGCUCGCACAUGCCAGCUGUUAUCCCGUAGGCCAUGAAGUCAGCAUCGAACCUGCUCAAGCACAUGCUCCUGAGCAUGAAGAGAGCUUGCUGCCACUGUCCGCCCUUCUCGCACGCGUUGACUGCGAGCCUGUAGCUGAUGACGUUUGGCAACACCUUCACCUCCCGCAUCUCGUCGAGCAGCGCCAGGGCCCGCUGCCACUGCUUGCUUUUCUGGCAGGCGCUGAUCCCGGCGCUGUAACUUAUGACGUCGGGUUCCAGCUUCGCCUCCCACAUCUCGCUGAGCAGCGCUACUGCCCGCUGCCACUGCCCGCCCUUCUCGCAGGCGCCGAUCCCGGCGUUGCAGCUGAUGACGUUGGGCAACACCUUCGCCUUCCACAUCUCGCUGAGCAGCGCCAGGGCCCGCUGCCAUUGUUCGCCCUUCUCGCACGCACUGAUCCCGGCAUUGUAGCUGA